AUGUCGGACAAGUACGUUCAUCUACCUGCUACUUUCUAUCGUAUUAUUCGUGUGAGGAAGGAACAGUGCGAAGAAAAUGUUUUGAACAAAUCACCCCCAAAUGACGGAAAUGAGUACUGCAAUGCGACCAUGGACCGACUUGGUGGAUGCUGGAACUAUACUCGUGCUGGCAGCGUGGCUACCAUACAGUGUCCAUUUACAAACCAAAUUGGCGCAACAGUAUCUCGAACAUGUACAGAGAACGGUUCCUGGUGGCUUCCUCCAAACUACAGUUCACCAAAUUACAUCGAUUUCUCAAGCUGUAAUGAGAAAACGGAGACGAAGGAAAUAGCCGAACAUCGUCACAUUUUCCUCUUCAUCGCUGGUUAUUCCUUAUCUAUAGUUCUACUGACGGUGUCCCUUGUCGUUUUCUUGUGCUACAAACAACUGAGAUGUGGCCGAGUGUCCAUUCACAAAAACCUUUUCCUAUCCUAUGUCUUUACCGGAAUAACAUGGAUUCUCUAUUACUCGUUAGUGGCUAUGGACGGACAAGUGAUGUUCGAAAACUCACUGUGGUGCCAGAUCCUUCGGGUGCUGGCGGAGUAUUUCACGGGUUGUAAUUUUGCGUGGAUGUUUUGUGAAGGCCUGUAUCUCCAUACAACCUUACUGAAGGCACUGAGCACAGGCAAAACUCUCCUCCUUGUCUGCUACGCUACUGGAUGGGGCGUCCCAGUGGUUCUAACUGCUAUUUACGCCGGGGUACGUGGAAACGCUGACGAUUGCACAGCAAGAUGUUGGAUCGACAGUUGUUAUCAGUGGAUACUGUACGGACCAAUCGUCGUAUCCCUCGUGGGAAAUAUCAUUUUUCUGAUCAACAUUAUAAGAUUAUUGAUGACGAAACUUCAACAAAUACCAGAAUCCACCCAAAAAAAAAAGGCGGCCAAGGCGAUAUUUUUACUGGUGCCUUUAUUGGGUCUUCAGCACUUGUUGACCCCUAUGAAGCCCCAGAAGGGAUCCCCGUUAGAGGAUUUCUAUAGCUAUUUCAUAGCUAUAGUUGUGUCCUUACAAGGAACUUUUGUAGCCGUCAUAUAUUGUUUCUGUAAUGGCGAGGUGAUAUCGCUAUUACGGCGAAAGUGGAGGCAGCACCGCCUGAUGAGAGGUGUGGACGUCCGGAUCAGCGGAAUGAAUGCCACAUCUUACACGUUCACAGAACCAAUGCACGGACAUACCAACGGCAAGAAAACUAACAGCGCAUGUCCACAGAAUGGCUUGACUGUCUCAUCACUAGAAAUGGUUCCACUGAAAAAUAAAACAGAGUGUUAA